UCAAUAGAAUAUCGUGUUUGUGCGAAAAUAAACAGUGUGUGUAUCACGGUGAACGUAUAUAUACAUUUAAUGCCUUUGAGAUUGUAAACAUGGUUAUGUACCCACGAUAAAGAAAUAGCGCCAGAACGAUAUAAUUUUUGUAUAUUUUUCAUCUCGCUCUGCAAAAUUGUCGAGUCGAAAGAGAUAACUAUCAGAAUAAAUAGACAACUAUCACGAGAACUAGAUUGUAACCGAGCAAAAUGUCAGGGCCAAUGGUGCUGUGUCAGCUAUGGAUGGGCGGUUUGGAGCCAUAUAUGACAGAGAGCUUCAUUAUGAAUGCGUUUCACAAAAUGAGCGAACAGCCGCAGACGGUAAAAGUUAUGCGGAAUCGGUAUACCGGCGAGCCCGCAGGAUAUUGUUUUGUACAUUUUCCAACUGACGAAAUGGCGCUCGAUGCCAUGCACAAGUUGAAUGGCAAGGUGAUACCUGGCUCAAAUCCUCCAGUAAGAUUCCGGUUAAAUCAUGCCAGUACUACAGGAAAACCUGCCGCCGAACGAGAAUUCAGUAUUUGGGUAGGCGAUCUGUCCACAGACGUAGACGAUUACUCCUUAUACAGGGCGUUUGCCGCAAAAUAUAACUCUAUAAGGACGGCUAAGGUUAUAUUAGACAGUUCUGGAUUUAGCAAGGGCUAUGGCUUUGUCAGAUUCGCAAACGAGGAGGAGCAAAAAAAUAGUCUGAUCACUAUGAAC